GAAUUUCACAUACAGGUGAUGGGGAACAACUACAAAUGGCUAUGGAUAUUCAGAGAGAAAUGAAGGGAUUAGGACUCUACCCUAACAACAUUACAUACUCUAUACUUAUGGCAGCAAGUGAAAGGAAUAAUAAUUUAGAAAUUGCCCUCGAACUCCUCUCUCAAGCCAAAGAGGAUGGUGUUGCCCCAACUUUAACCAUGUAUAGGUGCAUAAUUGGCAUGUGCUUACGAAGAGUUGCAGAGCCCUCUUCCCUUGAUAGACCACUUUUAUCUCUUGACACUAGCUGGCCUCAAGUCGAUAGUAAGUGGGCAGCACAGGCCUUAAUGGUGUACCGGGAAAUAAUCGAAGCCAGAAUCGUUCCGAGCAUUGAAAUCUUAUCUCAAGUUUUGGGGUGCUUGCAGAUUUCUCAUGAUCCCUCCUUAAAACGUAGACUCAUAGAAAACAUUGGAGUAAGUGCUGACACAUCAAGAUCUUCAAAUCUAUGCUCCUUGAUAGAUGGCUUUGGAGAAUAUGACCCUCGCGCAUUUUCACUGUUGGAGGAAGCUGCUUCACUUGGAGUUGCUCCAUUUGUAUCCCUCAAGGGAAGUCCUAUUGUUGUAGAUGUCAAGGAGUUGCAGAUUCAUACAGCUGAGGUUUACCUGUUGACAGUUUUGAAAGGUCUCAAACAUCGGCUUGCCGCUGGUUCAAAGUUACCGAACUUACUGAUCUUACUGUCAGUUGAGACGACACAAAUUCUCUCUUCCAAGGGCGAGAGGACCAUUAACCUUGCUGGAAGGGUUGGACAAGCAGUUGCAGCAUUGUUAAGAAGACUUGGACUUCCCUACCAAGGAAAUGAAUCAAGUGGAAAAAUCAGAAUCAAUGGUUUAGCCUUGAGAAGAUGGAUGCAACCAAAACAUUCCGAUUCUCGAAUUGGAAAACCUGGAGAGUUCAGCUCGUUUCAGUCACGUCUAGGAAAAGAAAUAAGCCAUCAGCAACGUAAUAUUCGCUCUGGGCAUCUAUCACUGGAUUAAACAGUUGAGGGGGACGUAUGAUGCGGUAUAGAGCUUUCGGUUUCGUGGCAAAUUCAUGGGAAGAGAUGAGCAAUUUGCAGACCUUCAUGUGAAUGGAUCUUACUGGAAAAUAUUUCUGGUCAAGAAGUUCAUCACCAAAGUUGGUACUCCAAUUAUGUGAGUUGAUCUUCUACUUCCCUUUCCUGAGGUAAUUUAUAUUAUAUAUACGAAAUGGUUGUCAAAUUUUGUAAUGCCAAAACAUAUGACGACUUUAUCAAUUCAUCUUUCUUUCCUUCUAUUUUUGGAAUGAGAUGUAAAAAUGUAAACUAUUACUAAAAUUUAUUCACCCAUGAGUUUGUUCA